GAGACCGCGGGCCCCAGUCCCUGGUCCGGGCUGGGCCGCCGCUAGAGCCAGCGCUGACCGCGGAGGGACUGGAGCCCGAGCCCGAGCAGCGGCCGCCGCCGCCGCCGCCGCCGCCAUGCGCUGGGUCCGCGCGCUGCUGAAAAAUGCGUCCCUGGCAGGGGCGCCCAAGUACAUCGAACACUUCAGCAAGUUCUCCCCGUCCCCGCUGUCCAUGAAGCAGUUUCUGGACUUCGGGUCCAGCAAUGCCUGUGAGAAAACGUCAUUCACCUUCCUGAGGCAGGAGCUGCCCGUGCGCCUGGCCAACAUCAUGAAAGAGAUUAACCUGCUUCCCGACCGGGUGCUGAGCACGCCCUCGGUACAGCUGGUCCAGAGCUGGUAUGUCCAAAGUCUCCUGGACAUCAUGGAGUUCCUGGACAAAGACCCCGAGGACCAUCGUACCCUGAGCCAGUUCACCGAUGCCCUGAUCACCAUCCGGAACCGCCACAACGACGUGGUGCCCACCAUGGCGCAGGGCGUGCUGGAGUACAAGGACACCUACGGCGACGACCCGGUCUCCAACCAGAACAUCCAGUACUUUCUGGACCGCUUCUACCUCAGCCGCAUCUCCAUCCGCAUGCUCAUCAACCAGCACACCCUGAUUUUUGACGGCAGCACCAACCCGGCCCACCCCAAACACAUUGGCAGCAUCGACCCCAACUGCAACGUCUCCGAGGUGGUGAAGGAUGCCUAUGAUAUGGCCAAGCUCCUGUGUGACAAGUACUACAUGGCCUCCCCUGACUUGGAGAUCCAAGAGAUCAAUACCUCCAACUCCAAACAGCCAAUUCACAUGGUCUAUGUCCCUUCCCACCUCUACCACAUGCUUUUUGAACUCUUCAAGAAUGCCAUGCGCGCAACUGUGGAAAGCCACGAGUCCAGCCUUGUCCUCCCACCUAUCAAGGUCAUGGUGGCCUUGGGUGAGGAAGAUCUGUCCAUCAAAAUGAGUGACCGGGGUGGGGGAGUCCCCCUGAGGAAGAUCGAGCGACUCUUCAGCUACAUGUACUCCACAGCCCCCACCCCCCAGCCAGGCACUGGAGGGACCCCGCUGGCUGGCUUCGGGUACGGGCUCCCCAUUUCCCGCCUCUAUGCCAAGUACUUCCAGGGAGACCUGCAGCUCUUCUCCAUGGAGGGCUUUGGGACCGAUGCUGUCAUCUACCUCAAGGCCCUGUCCACGGACUCCGUGGAACGCCUGCCCGUCUACAACAAGUCAGCCUGGCGUCACUACCAGACCAUCCAGGAGGCGGGCGACUGGUGUAUGCCCAGCACGGAGCCCAAGAACACGUCCACCUACCGUGUCAGCUAGGGGCCGCCUCGCUCCCCUGCACCUGAGAGGAUGGACUGCUGAAUCUGGGACUGGCCACCACGGUGACCCUCCCCAGCGCCCCCCCAGGUUGGGGGGAGGCUCCCCCUGAUGACCAGCUUCUGUCUCUGUGGAAAUCAUGGUGACCAGUCCGUGGGGGGCCCCUAAGUGCCAAUCUCUGUCUCCACGGAGACCCCUAAGCAGUCUCCCUGGUGUUCAGGCUCGGUGGGCGAUGCCUGAGGACGGGGGACCGUCUCCAUCCUGAUGGGGUGUCCCAGAGCUAUGUUUCCAUGGCCGUCCUCCUUCUGAGACGAGGGCUGCCACUUUGCUGCCAGGGGUCCUGGGUCCCCCUCACUGCCCUCCACGGCCCUGACCUUCCAAGUGGACACCCUGCUUGCCUUCUCCUCCUCCCCCAGCCCGUGCAGGCACCCUGGCCCUCGUCCAGUGUCAGCAUUAGGAAGGAGCCGGGCGUCCCCGGGUGGAGAAAGGGGGUUGCACCCUUGGGCCCCUGGCUGGGGACCUGGUCCGACAGCGCCUCCCUCCACCCGGAGCUUUGAAGGUCAAGGUUAGGAGGCGGGAGUUCUCACCCAGGGCUCACCCUUAAAGUGGGAGACCCUGGGAGGCCCCAGAGAUCAGCUGCCCUCAGCCAAGUUUCUCAGAGCCCCUCAGGCACCUCCCAAGCCCUCCCCUGGCAUGUCCUCACAUGCACACACCCACCUGCCGGCCCCACACCCACACGGUUCCACCUGAGCUCCAGACCCCACCUCCCACUGUGCCUGGACACGCAGGUGCUUGGGGUGGCUUUCUCCCUAGAAUGCUCUAUGUGCAUAGCUAGUUUUAUAGCCCUGAAAGCCCCCACCCUUCCCCUUAGCACACAGGGGGUUAAAGUUGUGUGUUCCUCCUAGUGGCUGUGAUGAUGACCGUGACAUCCACAGUAAAGAGGAGAUUGAAUGAGA